GCCCAAAGUAUACGCGAAAAACAGCCAAACAAUACCCUAUUCUUGAACGCCGGCGACAGCUUUCAGGGGACGGUCUGGUACUCGCUAUACAAGUGGCGGAUUGUCUCGCAUUUUACUAAAUUAUUGAAAUACGAUGUCAUGACUGUCGGGAAUCAUGAGUUUGAUGACGGUGUCGACGGUUACGCACCUUUUCUGGAGGCCACCCGACAUACCAUUCCCACCGUUUGCUGUAAUAUCGAUGUGUCCGGAGAGCCCAAACUCGUCGGUAAGAUCAAGAAGUCGAUUGUUGUCGAAGUGGACGGCCGUAAGAUCGGAAUCGUUGGAUAUCUAACGCCGGAGACGACGUUUCUGUCAAACCCGGGAAAUACUAUUAAAUUUAUGGACGAAAUCCAGUGCUUGCGAGAGGAGGUCCGCAAACUGAAGAGCGACGGCAUUGAUAUAAUCAUCGGUUUGGGUCACUCCGGGUUCGUACGAGACGUGGAGAUCGCCAAAAGUGUGCCCGAAAUCGAUGUGAUAGUCGGCGGACACUCACACACUCUCCUAUACGACGGCCCGAAGCCG